CCUCACAUGUAGAACCUUUAGCAUCCAACAUUGAGCAACCAAUCUUUAACUCCAACCAACUCAAAUCGCUCCCGGACAUGCGUAGUGUUAUUUCGCUAUAACCAGUAUCACGCGAAACAACUAUACAUCUACAUUCUACACGGCCAUAAUUCCUCGGACCCAUUAAUCCCAUUAGUCGCGAUGGAUCUCGUCUCCAGCAUUCGCAAAACGGGCUCGCGUGGCGGUGUCAACUUCAACUGGGAGGAUGUCGCCAAUUCAAGUCACCGAGAAAACUAUCUCGGCCAUAGUUUGAAAGCUCCAGUAGGCCGCUGGGCAAAGGGCAAAGAUCUCACUUGGUACGCGAAAGGCGAUGCGCCAGAAUCAUCGGGCACGGAAACAGAACAGGAAAAGGAAGAAAGAGAGCGGAAGGAAGAGCUUAAGCGAAUCAAAGAGGCCGAAGAAGAUGCAUUGGCCCGUGCAUUAGGACUUCCGGUUGCUCCCCGAAAAACUACUGGCGCGAAUGCCGUUGAUGUGGUUGCAGGACGAGGUGUGAUGGAUGGUCGUGAUUCUAAACCCACUGAAAAGGUUGAAGAAGGGCCUGUCGACAAUGGCCGUAAAGCAUCAAAGAGGCACGAUGAAUCCGAGAGACGCCACAGGAGAAGACAUAGAAGUAGAAGCCGUAGCAGAGACAGGCGCCGUGAUAGGUCACCAAGGAGGGGCGAUGAUUAUUCUAAGCACCGAUCAAGAGAUGAUAGAGAUGAUGGACACGGUCGUCAAGGUCGAAGGGACCAGAGCCCAGGACGCGAUGAGCACAGGCAUAGAAGAAGUUAUCGACGAGAACGUAGUCCCGAUCGCAACCCCGAGAGAUCCGAGCGAAGAAGGGAUGAUAAGGAUACCUACAGGCCUAGGUCGAGGGACGGGCGAUCACGAAGAAGUACAAGCCCUGAGCGCCACCGGAGAAGAAGGUCUCCCGAGGACCGUCGUUGAUGAGUUGCAAAUAUUGGCGGCAUAAGCACCACCUGUCACCUGUUGUAUUAUUCAAUUCAGUCUAUUGAAGAUAAUUUGCGACUUAUGUGGAAUUGCACAACAUGGACUAGGGCAUCAUUUAAAUAAGCCCAGUCAUAUGGCGACCUUUCUAUGAGAUGCCUAUCGAAGAGCGAGGAAUGGAAGGCGAAAUCCGCAGUCGACUUUGAUGAAUGUGUUACAGUACUAAGUAUUCGAUUUAUCGGGUGACGGAGAUGGGGUUGUACAUAGCUGUGUAUUUACAGAUCCCAAUUCCCCUAGGUGGUAUUUGUACGUGGAAAAUGCCUAAGCUUGGUACAUAUAAGCACAAACUGGAAGUCACGACUCGGGAGGUCAUAGGGCUGACUUAACCAAAAUACCGGAUUCAUGCCCUGAAGCAUGUGCUUAUCCCGCGAUAAGGUGCGGAGUUAGUGGAGUUUAGGGGAGGGAUGGGGGAUAGAUUAGCUGCACUGUAGAUAUGUACCUUGUAUUUUAGACCCAUCAGUCCCUGACAUCCCUGAAAUCUGGGGCGAGACAUGCAUCAUCAGCAGGAGCUAAGACCAAUCAGGAAC